CCUUGGCAACGGGAUGCACGCGCUGGCAUCCAGCGCGGUGGCCGUUAGGGUGGGGGUGGGGGGGCCUGGAGAACCGGGUCAUGUUGCGGCAGAAGAAUCCAAAUCUGAAGGGUCAUGGAGUGUCAAAGGGGAAAGAAAGAGAGCAGAGAGCAUCAAUCCGGUUCAAGACCACACUUAUGAACACGCUCAUGGAUGUCCUUCGCCACAGGCCAGGAUGGGUGGAAGUGAAGGAUGAAGGGGAGUGGGAUUUCUACUGGUGUGAUGUCAGCUGGCUGCGGGAGAACUUUGACCACACCUACAUGGAUGAGCACGUACGCAUCAGUCACUUCCGGAACCACUAUGAGCUGACCCGUAAGAACUACAUGGUGAAGAACCUGAAGCGGUUCCGAAAGCAGCUGGAACGUGAGGUGGGGAAGCCGGAGGCAGCCAAGUGCGACUUCUUCCCCAAAACCUUCGAGCUGCCCUGUGAGUACCACCUGUUCGUGGAGGAGUUCCGCAAGAACCCGGGCAUCACCUGGAUCAUGAAGCCAGUAGCCCGGUCCCAGGGGAAGGGCAUCUUCCUCUUCCGGCGGCUGAAGGACAUCAUGGACUGGAGGAAGGGCACCGCUGGGAGGAAGCUCACCAACCUGGAGCUGCAGCCUGCUCGAAGCGCCAUCACCCUCUCCAGUGGCCACGAAGUGAAAACCGCAGAGGAGCAGAAAGAGGAACUUCCGGUGGAGAACUAUGUGGCCCAGCGUUACAUCGAAAACCCCUACCUGAUAGGAGGUCGCAAGUUUGACCUGCGUGUCUACGUGCUGGUGAUGUCGUACAUCCCUCUGCGGGCCUGGCUUUACCGGGACGGCUUCGCCCGGUUCUCCAACACCCGUUUCACGCUGAACAGCAUCGAUGACCAGUAUGUCCACCUCACCAAUGUUGCCGUCCAGAAGACGUCACCCGAUUACCAUCCCAAGAAGGGCUGCAAGUGGAUGCUGCAGCGCUUCCGGCAAUACCUGGCAUCCAAACACGGGCCCGAGGCAGUGGAGGGGCUCUUCAGCGACAUGGAUAACAUCUUCAUCAAGAGCCUGCAGAGCGUACAGAAGGUCAUCAUCAGCGACAAGCACUGCUUUGAGCUGUACGGCUAUGACAUCCUCAUCGACCAGGACCUCAAGCCGUGGCUCCUGGAGGUCAAUGCCUCCCCAUCACUGACGGCCAGCAGCCAAGAGGACUACGAGCUCAAGACAUGUCUCCUGGAGGACACCCUGCACGUGGUGGACAUGGAGGCCAGACUCACAGGAAGAGAGAAGCGAGUCGGGGGCUUCGACCUCAUGUGGAAUGAUGGCCCUGUCAGCAGGGAGGAGGGAGCUCCAGACCCCAUGGGCAACUUCGUGACCAACACACACCUGGGUGAGCGAGCUGAACCCCUCAGGAGGCCACAGCAGUUCAGGAGUGGAGCCCCCCAGGCAGAACGCACCAGCCUUCCCAGCCAACAGGCCCCUUCCCUUCCAGGCUGCGUCAAUGAUCGGGAGACACAGCUGCGGCAGCUCUUCCACUCCCUGCAAGUCCAGAAGAAAUCCUCAAGCUGACUGCCACGGCAGCCCCGGGCGGGGCCCCAAGGCCUCUCCAAACGUACUUCCUUUCUUCCCACAGGCCUGGCAGCCGCUGUGCUGGCUAAGCAGCUGCUGCUUGGCCUGUGUGCCCCUCCUCCAACCCCAGGUAUCUUGGCACCAGGAGACAGCUGAUGCCAGGACUGGAUGGGUUUCUAACCUUGACAGACUGGCCUGGCUGUCAGGCCCAGGAGACAAAUGCAGCAGGUUCUGCUAGCCCGAAGAUGGCGUCUAAUAAAUGAGAACAGGCCUGCC